CUGUAACACACUAGCAAAAGACGGCAAAAUCGCGGUCAUCGCAUUGCUGUGACAGCCUGGAGACGCCCUGGUGCUGCAGGAGUCAUAAAAAGACAGCGCCUUUGGGCUCGAGCACCGGCAUCGACGCGAGCAGCCCUGCCAGACCCAGACCUAGAUGAUGCUGCGCCGUGCAUCAGGCACGAAGGCGCCGCCGCCCCCAGAAAGGCUCCCGUCGCAGGACAAGUACAAGACGCGCGUGCUGCCUUUGUUAGCAGCAGCGGUCGGCUGCAUCGUCGCGGCGUCGCUUUUAUUGCGGACGACGGCGACGGCUUGGGCCGUGCAAACGGAUGAUGUCGUGACGUGCCCGGAGCAGCGCCGGAUGAGUGGAAGAGCCGUUCCCGGCACGACGCUCGCCGACGACGGGCAUUGCGUCCAGGCAUCAAGCCUCGACGCGGGCGUCUGCGUCGAGGACGCGGCGGACUGGCGCGGCGCGCAUCGGCGGCGGUGCCUGCCGUCGCUGGCCGUGAUCGGUAUUGGAAGCGGCGUCCGCGUGCCUUCGACACCACGCCCCCCGCCACGACGCGCCGUUCGCGCCUGGUACUGGCGGCGCGUCGAUGGCGUAUGACAACGCCACGUUCGCCACCGCGACCGCCUACUCCUGCCGCCGCGACCGCCGCGGCCGCGCCGCCGCGACCGCCUAACUCCUGCCGCCACGGCGACCGCGACCCCGCCGCGAGAGGACGAACACCUACCCCACCGGUACGCCAUCGCCGCGACAUCAUACGCACGCAGGCGCCAUGAAGUCCGGGACCACGAACAUCAUGCUCUACCUCCAGAACCAUCCGCAGCUACGGACGUCGGAGGAUAUGAUAGGGUGGCCGCAAGAAUCGAGAUACUUUUCGGCAGCCCACGACCCGGAGGCGGCGGGCCGGAACUGGCGCUUUUAUUUGAGGAAGUACCCUCCAGCUACUGAUGGUGUACUCACGUUCGACAAGUCCCCCAACUACCUGUUGAACCCGAAAAUCCCGUCGGUCCUGGCGUCGUUGAUGCCUUCCCUCAAGUUGCUGGUGUGUCUGCGGAACCCUACGUCGCGAGCAUACAGUCAUUUACAACACGAGUGCCGCAACGGCCGCGUCCGCCAGGCGGAGGGUGCUGUAUUUCGAUCAAAGUCCAAUGAUGAGUCAUCAGAACGACUGAGCUUCCCCUGCGCGCCCGAGGCUUUUGAUAGGCUGGUGAGGGCGCAGCUCGCGGCAAAAAAAGAUCUAGAUAAGUGUGCGUGGGCGCGCGGCUCCGGCAGCGGCGACUCGAACGUGUUACCGCGGGGCUUCUACGACUGCCAGCUCGCGCCCUGGUUCGACCGCUUCCCCCGGUCUCAACUUUUGGCUUUAGUGUUUGAGGACUUCGUGAGCAGUCGCGAGGCGACGCUCGAGGCGGUCGCGCGCGUCGAGCGUUUUGCGGGACUGGAGCCUUUUGAUUAUGGCCGGUCGGCGCGCGUCGCCGCCGUGGAGAGAUUGUACGCUUUGAUGCCCAGCCGCGGCGGCCGCUACGCGCCGAUGCUCGCGGCGACGCGCGCCGCGCUCGACGAGCUUUACUGCGCGCCGAACCGCGCCUUAUCGGCGACGCUGCGGCGGCGGCUGCCCUGGCCCUGCGGUGGUGGUGGUGAGCGGCCUGUGUAAGAGUGUGUCUUUUUC